GGCCAGAUGAACAAAGCAAAAGAACCCAGAGGGAAACUUUUCUUCCUGUUCGUUUCUAUUAUGGUUUCUACCAUCAUUUUCAUUCUCUAUGUCACUGGGACAUCCCCUGUGGAGUACAUUUCCCCCCCAAGGCUGCCGGAGCCUCCUAAAGUAUGCCCUGUGGGGACUGCCGAGCACACCAUCACCCCCCUGAACAACACUGACCACUUCCUGGUGUCAGCCUUCAUGGACCAGAGAGUGAAAGGAUUUGAUUUACGCAUUAUUAGCAUAUUCAAAACAAACUCCGCCAAACCUCUUUACUGUCUUUUCUGCUGUGCAGGCCAGUUAUCAAAUACAACUCCAACAAACAUUUUACAACAUACAGAAAAAUUUGGUUUUCUCUUUGUCACUGCGGAUAUCAUGUGUCAGAUUCCUCAAAACUGCAACGCUACACAUGUUACUCUUCAGACUAAGCCAGAAAGAGUGAAGGCAUUGGACCAGCUUUGGCUUCCUAUAAGAAACCAGAAGACCAAAGGGAAUGAGGAGAAAAAGUUGCAGUUUAACUUCACAGUCUGUAUCUCUAAUUUGUUUGGAGGAAUCAACAAUGUGCUUCAGUUUGUACAGACGCUGGAGAUGUACAGGUUGCUAGGUGUUGACAGGGUGGUGAUCUACAACACCAGCUGUGGCCCAGAACUGGACCUCCUAUUGAAGAGCUACAGCAGGACAGGCUUCCUGGAGAUAGUUCCUUGGCCAAUCGACUUGUUUCUGAGUCCAUCUUGGGGCUGGCUCUACUCUUUGAGCGGGGGGGACGUGCAUUACUUUGGUCAACUGGCUACACUUAACGAGUGUGUUUACAGAUCCAUGGACCGGUCGCGUUACGUCCUGUUGAACGAUAUUGAUGAGAUUAUAAUGCCAUACCAACACAACAACCUGAUGUCUCUGAUGAACACACUCCAACAGCAGCAUCCAAAUACAGGUGUGUUCCUCAUUGAGGACCAUUUCUUCCCCAAUACUGUUUUCGAGCCAAGCAAGAGGUUUCGUCUACCUAAGUGGGACAAAGUGCCGGGGUUCAAUAUUCUGGAGCACAUCCACAGGGAGGACCCCGACAGAACAACAUUUACCCCGCACAAGUUAAUAGUUCAGCCAAGGUUGGUGGAGCAGGUUUCUGUGCAUCAAGCGCUCAAGGCUUUUGGAAACACAUACAUAGUUCCCCCAGAUGUUUGUCGGAUCAUUCACGUCAGUGGUUCUCCGACGGUAAAAUUUAAUGCCAAGAAGCUCCAUGAGGAUAAACGCCUGUGGGACUUUAACGAAAAACUAAUUCCCAAUGUUGACAAAGCACUGGAGAGAGCAGGGCUGCUGAGAUCAGAACCUGCCCUUUAACAGGUUAUGUACUUCAAGGUCUAGAAAUGUCAGCUGAUCAUCUGUUCUAAUGAAACUCAGUUUAGUCUUGAAACCUUUCUGUGUUCUAAUCUCUUUCCAUUUUUUUCAAAAGCAGCUCCAAUAUUGUUACCUGUUUUACCAUGUUUCUGGUGGUGGAACUUUAUAGAAACAUACCGAGACUUUUAGGUUGGGUAGAAUCAAAGAUCUGAACCAGUUUGCUUGACUGCUUCAAUUGCUGCAACUCCUGUUGGUUUGCCAUGACAACUGCUCUCAUAUCUAGCAAACUGAGGGGCGUCCAAAACGGCCGUGUCAGGGUGACAUGCACUUUCACGUUUUUAAUAACAGGGGCAUCAAUAUUUUUACAAUGUUAGUAUUUAACCCCAGUAGUAGAAAAGUUGACUCUUCUAUACGUAUAUUCAAGUCUGCAGCAGGUUUAAAGACACAGUCAAAGGCCUGUGACUAAAAUUGAAACGUCAGAUACAUUUACCUUUUUAAGGAUUUCUAUGUCUACAUGACAAAGCUACAGGACUCUGACUAAACUGCAGGGGCAUCUUGCACAUACGCUCUCUGUAUUCAAAGCAUUUGGUGAAACUGCAUGUCAGCUUAUUAUGAGAAAAAAUAUAUCAAAAAUGUCUAUGGAUGGAUUUUGAGCUGAUAAUGCUAUAUGUUCACCAUCAAGUUACUAUGUGUUUCUUUUAACAAGUGAGCAUGUCUGGGAGCUACAGGUUAGUAAAUAAAUCACCUCUAAUCCCCUCAAGUCAUAUUUUGAGAACAUUUAAGUGUACUUAAAGAAAAUCUUUCAAGUUUUUUUUUCUUCCUGUGAUAUAUAUUCUGCUUUGUUUGCUGGUUCAGUGUGAAGUCAUAAAAAGCUAAUGGAUCCAGCAUAUUUAGAUACUUUUUUCUUGUUUCACCGACAACUUCCCAACACGGGCAUCAUUAUUACAGAAAAAUGAUUUGCUUGAAUAGCUCUACUUGUAAUAUAUUACAAAUGCCAACCCAUGCAUGUGUGAUUGUGUUUUUGUAUUUAUUCAAAGUUAAAAUAAUGGCCUUGGUAACUUAAAAAAAAGGAUAUUAUCUAAUAACAUAAUGUCACGGAAUAGCAGACACACAAGUCUUCUUUAUGUAAUGGGUAUCUUUUGGUUCUUUUAUUUUGUAUAUAUUUGAAAACACAGCCCCUUUACUUCUCAGUGUGUAUUGAAACUAUGGUAUAACUAGUCUUGGGUCUUGCCAAGCAGCAGGAAAAGGGGAUGGAGACCCCUCCCUUGACAGGCCUAUUUUUCUUUUUUAUCCCUCUGCAGUUUCAUGGUUUACUGCUUUGAUGUUUUCAGCUGUUGCUGGAAACGUGUUUGUCCCAGUGCCCCAUGGAACCAGACAACAAUAUUUCAGCUGACAAGAGCAGUAUCAAGUAAAUGGCCUGGUACUUUCAGGAAGCAUCUGCUGAGAAGGAUGUUCAUGCUCAUCAAAAUCAAGGGCAGUGACCUUAUGAUGACAAGCAUUAUUUACAUAAUGAAUCUGCAUAAAGGCUGCUAAGGCUUGACUACAAAAGGGUUUUUUCAAAGGAGUAGGUUGUUGUUCUGAUCUAAUCCACUCACCAUGUGUCUAAUACACCCAAUCACAGAGCUGAGCAUAUGAUUCUCAGAAAAAUACUUACAUGGAAACCUUUUAAAGCUCAGCAACUUGUUAGGUUACAUCUCACUCUCAGUCGCUCAUCCUCAUUUCCGGAGACACCGGCCGCUUAGAUCACAACCUGUGAGACUGCAGACCUUUUACAAACCAAUGGUGAUAAUCAGCAUGUUUCUAUUUGUAUAUUUUGUUAUCUAUUGUUUGAUUACCUUUGCCCUCCAUUGUGAGCUGUUGUACUAACCAAAUAGCUCCCAAAGGUGGAUCAAUAAAGUGCUUCUAAUCUAAUCUUUAAAAAAUGCCAUGAGGACUGCUUUGGCCAUUUGAUUAUUGUUCUACACUGAAAGAAAAGCAGAAGUGACGAUGUGAUUCAAUGCUUUUGUGGCUGAUCAGGCAGCUAUGGGAAAUCUGGUCAGUUGUCUAGUGAUGUAGCUUGAGUCAGCAACGACACAGUAUGCGCAGAAUGCAGGUUUAAAUAUGAGUAGCAGAGGUCCAGUGUUAGAAAAUCUGUAACUGUUGUACCUCAUUAUCUUGCUCCUCCUCUACACUUUAGGCUAACUGGCCUCGUGAGUCGUUACAAGCCUAACAGACAAACAGCCUUGAAAACUGACAAAGGGCCACGUUGAGUUAUGGGUAACGCAUAUAUUUUGUUCUGAUAAGAAAAACAAAAAUGUUUCUAAAUCAACACAUUUUUUUAAACUAGAAGCGACCACAUUUUUUUGUAACAGGGCGUAUACACUAA